UCGUGAGGAGCGGAUCCAGUUCUCUUAGUCGACGAACAAACAUCCCAUAUUCUGUUGGAACUUGGAAGCCGUCCACCAUUGUCAGCCCUGCGUGGUUGUUCUCGGGCAAGCAGUGAAGAAGGCUCGAAACCUAGGGCUUUUUCUGCUCCCAAAAUCCGAAAGGAUGAGAAUGACAGUCUUGGCUCUUCCGUGCCCUUGGCUUUUGCCAUCAAUUUUUUCAUGUUCAUCCCUUGUAAGGGUUCCUACAUUUUCUUGCAAAUACACAUCAACCCCAGUUUUAAGAAGAUGCGUGGACAAGGAAAAGGAAGAGGUACUACUGGAAGGGAUGCCAAAAGAGUAUUAUGAUGAUGAAUGGCAAGCCCAACAACGUGAAAGGACAAAGGAGUUGCAGCGAUUACGCAAGGAGGAAGAGGAGGAGGAAGAAAGCAAAAUUGAGGAAUAUCGUGAAAUUGGCAUGCGGUUGAAGGAAUAUCCAGAAGAAGAUGUCAUAAAAGCUCGGAAAUUGGUUUCAAGCUUUAUAAGAGCUGCUGAAGAAGUAGAAGAGAAAAUUGAGGAAGCUGCUGAGAAAGGAGAACUUACCGAACUUGUUUUAAUGGUCAUAUGGAAUCGCCUUGAUCUUGCCCGACGUGAUGAGGAAAAGGAUGCUGUUAGAAGCCUGGAUCUGUUAUAUAGAAGGGUUGAGACUGAGAUCUUGAAACGUGAGGCUUCUCCUGCAAUGAGGUUGCUCAAUGACCUUUUGAUUAUGCAUGAUGGCAUUAAUGAACAUGAGUGGCUGAAGAAUUGUAAAAAACUUAUGGUCGAUACAUUUCCGCGAGAAGAUCCAUUUAGCAUUCUUGUUCCACAAGGAUUUGAUAUAGAGAAGCAUCAAGGGCCGAUACGACCUCCAGUUGAAGAUGAUGAUGUUCUUUUGAGGGUGGACUUUAUAAGGGAGGUGGAUGCAUUGCUGCAAGAGGUUCGUUCUGAACAAGAUGAAGUGCAUAAUAAUCCAGGGUUUGAUCCUGAAUCUGUUGCUAAUAGAUUGAAGCAACAAGAGAAGCAACGGACAAUACACCAGGUAGAAGCUCUGCUUGACUUGGCCGUUGGGCUGCAAUUGUAGCUAUUUGAUCCAUUUCUUCGGUGACAGGGGAGGCUGAUGGUUUUAAGAAUUUCAAUUUUUUUUCCCUUCAUUAUCAUCUCCAGUUAGUUGUAUAUUAACUUUUUUUUAGGGGGGGGGUGUUUACAAUAGGGCUGUGAGCGAAUGGCGUCAGUAAUCGAGUUAGCUCGACUUUGCCUCUGGCAUCUCCAAACUAACUAAUAAAUAAAGCUUUGUCAAAUUGCUUUGGGUUAA